CAACAACUCUUUUAGGCGCUAUAUCGCCUUUAAACGUCACGUCUGACGUGCUCCACAGUUUGGCCUUUUGUACGUCUACUGUGCAUUUCUUGUAGUCGCCGGUCAGCAAGGACUCGGAGCAACGCUGGCUCACCACAGGAGCAGGGGGAGUAAGAGGCUAUUUUUGAAGUUUGCAAACAAAAAACGGCUACACGGGAUGACUGGCUAGACACGAGAAGACUUAAGCUUUCUGUGCAUGUUAUAUCCAAGGCUUUAUACAAGGAGAAUAGCAGAAACUGUACAUCAGUCUUAAUGGUAUUGGCAUCAUAACAUACUGAAGCAUACAAACGCUAAGGGCGAAAUUUGAGGCACUUUCGAUCCCGUCCCCGACCAACAAUGAAAAAUAAAUACAGUUUAAAUGUAAUUGCAAUCGUGAUCACGCGGGAACUUGUGAUGCCUUGUAAUUCAGAAAGGAUAAAAUAAACAUAUUUCGAAUGCAGCCCGAAUGUGCGCUGACACAGCAUGCGAAACAAGCUUUAAGAAUCAGGUGUGCGCUUUUUAUAACCAGUGAGUCACUGCGGUCUCAGGAAUACACUGCAAGACUUUGGCUUGAUAUGCAUCAUCUCGAGAUCACGACCCAGAUGAAUUUCACCCGGAUCAACAUAUAAAGCCUUUUCAUUAUUUGCUUUAAACGCCUGCCCAGCCUUCGUUUAAGUUUCUGUGCUAAGGAUGUGGUCCUGCGGCUAAACUGGAUUUGAUUUAUCAGCCAAGCCCCCACUGCAAACGGCUGUGCUUUUCAUAGCGCCAGGAUGGAAACUUAAUCACCGGUAGGAUGCGCCUGAUGAAUAGUGCUCAGUGAGGAUGCUGCCACUGUGAAUGUGAAAUCGAUGGGAAAUACUUGCCAUGUGAGAGAGCCUUUGACAGCUGAGCAAUCCGGAGGUUCGAUCUUCCUGCGUCGCGAGUGGAUAUAGACCGGAGUCGCUUCCUAAGUGCCGCUGCAGCGGAGAGCGCCUCCUCUGGCCGGGAGGAGGCGGUGCGAGCAAAAUGGCGGCCGCAGCGCAGACGUGGGCGGGGCUUUGGGUGGGGCCGGGGCUCCUCCUCCAACUGUGGGUGCUGGGCGUGGCUCUGAUGGGCUUCGCGGCGGCCCUGGAGAAGGUGGACGACGCAGAUCCCGUGGUGACCACCGUCUACGGGAAGUUGCGAGGGUUCAAGAAGGAGCUGCACAACGAGAUCCUGGGGCCGGUGGUGCAGUUUUUAGGCGUGCCCUACGCGGCGCCCCCUAUCGGAGACAGACGAUUCCAGCCCCCGGAGCCGCCCACCUCGUGGCCUGACACCCGCAAUGCCACCCAGUUUGCGCCAGUCUGCCCCCAAACCAUCCAAGAGGGGAGGCUUCCGGAGGUCAUGCUGCCUGUGUGGUUUACCAACAGCAUGGAAAUUGUGUCUUCGUACGUCCAGGACCAGAGCGAAGACUGCCUUUACUUAAACAUAUACGUUCCCACAGAGGAUGUAAAAAGAAUAUCCAAGGAAUGUGCCAGAAAACCGGGCAAGAAAAUAUGUAGGAAAGGAGGUCCUCUUACAAAGAAACAGAAUGAGGAUUUAGGUGAUAAUGACGGUGCUGAGGAUGAAGACAUCCGUGAAGGUGGGAGUCCGAAACCGGUCAUGGUGUUUAUCCAUGGUGGAUCGUAUAUGGAAGGCACUGGGAAUAUGUUUGACGGAAGCAUCUUGGCGAGCUAUGGCAAUGUCAUCGUCAUCACAGUGAACUACCGGCUUGGAGUGCUAGGGUUUCUGAGCACUGGUGACCAAGCAGCUAAAGGAAACUAUGGACUUCUGGACCUCAUCCAGGCGCUGCGCUGGACGAGUGAAAACAUUGCUUUCUUUGGUGGUGACCCGCUACGCAUCACUGUUUUCGGGUCCGGGGCCGGCGCCUCCUGUGUAAACCUCUUGACCCUGUCCCAUUAUUCUGAAGGUAACCGUUGGAGCAAUUCAACCAAAGGAUUAUUUCAGAGAGCUAUAGCACAGAGUGGAACAGCUCUAUCGAGCUGGGCUGUUAGCUUCCAGCCAGCCAAGUAUGCCCGGAUUCUAGCUAAGAAGGUGGGCUGUGACCUAGAAGGCUCUUCCGAGCUUGUGGAGUGUCUGCAGAAGAGGCACUACAAGGAGCUGGUGGACCAGGAUGUUCAGCCGGCCCGGUACCACAUCGCCUUUGGGCCGGUCAUCGACGGAGACGUCAUUCCUGAUGAUCCGCAGAUCCUCAUGGAGCAAGGGGAGUUCCUCAACUAUGACAUCAUGCUGGGUGUCAACCAGGGAGAAGGGCUAAAGUUCGUCGAGCUCAUUGUGGAUAACGAGAACGGUGUCCAGGCUAACGAUUUUGACUAUGCUGUCUCGAGCUUUGUGGAUGACCUGUACGGAUACCCAGAGGGCAAGGACAUCCUGAGGGAAACUAUCAAGUUCAUGUACACAGACUGGGCAGAUCGGCACAACCCCGAGACAAGAAGGAAAACUCUGCUGGCCCUCUUUACUGACCACCAGUGGGUAGCUCCCGCAGUAGCCACAGCUGACCUUCACUCCAGCUUUGGAUCUCCUACUUACUUCUACGCCUUCUACCACCACUGCCAGACAGAGCAGGUGCCACCCUGGGCAGAUGCAGCCCAUGGGGACGAGAUCCCCUAUGUAUUUGGGCUGCCCAUGAUUGGGCCCACCGACCUGUUCCCGUGCAACUUCUCCAAGAAUGAUGUCAUGCUGAGUGCUGUGGUGAUGACAUAUUGGACGAACUUUGCCAAAACUGGUGACCCUAAUCAGCCAGUUCCCCAGGACACUAAGUUCAUCCACACCAAGCCAAACCGCUUUGAGGAGGUGGCCUGGACGCGAUACAACCAGAAAGACCAGCUGUAUCUGCACAUCGGCCUUAAGCCCCGCGUGAAGGAGCACUACCGUGCCAACAAGGUUAACCUGUGGCUGGAGCUGGUUCCCCAUUUGCACAGCCUCAACGAUGCCACCCAAAUCAUCUCCUCUGCCAGCACUCCUCCCCUACCAGAGACCACUUCCGGGACGCCAAAGAGAACCCCUCCCAUGCCCACCCGGCGACCCAACCCGACCCCCUUCCCCACCGAGAGCCAGGAUGGCCACGACCAGCUGGAGCGGCCAUUCCCGGUGGACCAGAGGGAUUAUUCUACGGAGCUGAGCGUCACCAUCGCGGUGGGAGCCUCCCUCCUCUUCCUCAACAUCCUGGCCUUCGCCGCGCUCUACUACAAGAAGGACAAGCGGAGACAAGGCGCGCAUCAGCACUGCACCCCUCAGCGGCGUACUGCCAACGACAUCGCCCACACGCAGGAGGAGGAGAUCAUGACCUUGCAGAUGAAGCACACGGAUGCCAACCACCAAUGUGAUGGCAUCCAUCCACAUGAGGUGGUGCUCAGAACUGCCUGCCCACCUGACUAUGCCCUAGCCAUGAGGAGGUCCCCCAAUGACCUCCCUCUUAUGACCCCCAACACCAUCACCAUGAUCCCCAACAGCAUCCAACCCCUGCACCCUUUUAGCACCUACCCCAGUGGGCACAACCACACCUUACCACAUCCCCACCCGCACUCACAUUCAACUACUAGAGUAUAGCUGGUGUGCUGUCCACAGAUGUAUAUGGGUCUUUUAUUGCUGAGAGGGGAAGGCAUAUGUUAAUUGGAAAGCGAAAAAACUGAACUAAACCAAAACGGAAACAAUCUCUUGUGUCUUUUUUUUUUUUUUUUUACAGAAACGCAAUUUAAAAAGUUUUUUGCUGUGGCUUCAAUUGAGGAAUUUCACAGGGACUGCUUGACGCAGCCAUUCAGAACGAAGAACAUGGGACAAAAAUACAUUUUAUAAAUGAAACCUUAAUAGACAUCAGACUUUACCUGUUUUUGUCCUUCCUGGAGCAAAGAUGCUACUCAUGUUUUCUGCAGUUGGAGUGGGAUUUUGGGGAGUUGGGGGCAUAACAUAUAUUUUGAGACUUCAAAAUAUGCACACAUGAGACAUGUCUCCUUUUAUCAGUUUAUUUUUGGGGAAGCGUUUAAUUGUGUAUUUACAUAUCAAGAUGCAUAUACAUUAAGCACCAAUGCUGUUUAAGCCCUUGGAAGGUGCCAACACUGCAGUGUGCCAACAGAACAAACGAGUAUAGUAACCUUCUGGCAGAUUCUUACCAUAGGUGCUGUCUACUGAGAGCUGGCAGACAGAGAAAACCGGAUAUUUUUAGCACGAUGCGCAUGACAAUUUAUCUGCUUAGUGGCUGUUCUGCUGAUUAAGUUGUAAUUAAAAUAAGUUGACUUCCCACUGGAUUAAUUUUCAUGAACUACUCCGAUUGGCUCACAGGUGACAGAUGCGACAGUGAUGCAGGGAAGACUUGGGAGAAAGAGGGUAAAGAUAAUCACAGUGCAUACCCAAUAGGUCGAGUAAACAUCUAGUUUUGUAUGAUGGGCAUUGGUCCCACAUUUUGAUAUCAGUAAAAUACUAAUUUUUGUAAAUGCAGAGGACAUUAGUUGUAUUAUUUUUCUAUGUCCUUAAUCAUCUGAUUACCCAAAGGCUACUGAUCACCUCUUGCUAAUACUCAAUGUCACAUUACCCUGGACAAAUUUCCUGUUUUUCCUUUAUUGCUUAAUGGCUUUUCAGCAUUAUGAGGGUGCUGUCUAAGCAGAGGGAAUAACACAAUUGGCUGCUUAAAAGGUGUUAUUUACUCUUGGGAUUCUUUUACUUGGUGCUCGGGUUGUCAUGUGGUCUUCUGCCUAAAGUAACUGGUGUGGAUUCAAUAAAUAUUUUCUCUUAAUUUUGACUUAUAAAUUUAAAAUAGUUUAUUUCAUUGUUUUAAAAACGCAUUUUGGAAAGUUCCCGAUUGUUGACAGCUGAACUCACCAAUAUGUGCUGAUGAAGAUUAAAAAGAAACUGACCGUUACAUGUAAUUGUCAAAGUGAAGGACGAACAUUCGUUGGAUCUAGGCCAUAACUUCCCCAUGUUUCAAUGAAUGAAAGCAGCCUGCCACCCCAGCAUAUAUUUCUCACACUAAAGUCUCAAAAAUUGUAACAUAUAUUACUUUCCUCUCUGACUUUUUGUAUAUUUAAGAGUUUCAGUUCAGGGUGGUUUUAUUAUUUUAAGUUUUUUUUAUAUUGAUUCUGACUUCUGAAGUUAUUACAGGACGUGACUUUGUCAAAGCCUAUGCUAGCACUAUUAUCACCCUUGUGUCCUACAGACACUAGACAACACUUAAUGGCUUUUAUAAUGCCACAGUAAAUCUUCACUGAGUGAGCUAGUAGUGUUGGCCCAGCACAGUGUCUCCUACAUCCACAAAUUAGUGGAAUCUGUUUGAGGAGGCUGGAGCAGUGGUAAAACAGUGUUCUUGAAUACAUGCAUAAACACAAGAUGUCACAUGUUGGCUGGUUUGUUGUUCCAAAAACUGCCCUCUUUGGUCUCACAGUUGUCUGGUCAUAUUUUUGUAAAAGUGACUGUGAAGAAUGCAAAUCUAUUCUUUUCCUAAGGGCUUAGCUGUUUAUCCACCAAGAAGAAAAGCACCUUCUCCUUUCGACAGCUUUUUUUCUUAGCCAUCAGGUGACAAUGUCAAGUAGUGAUCAGAGAGCCAGAUUUCUGAGGUGAAAUCCCCAUAGCAAUCCCCAAAUUGCUAUUGUACUCUUGUGCAAGAAACCUAAACUUAACUUAAUCAAAUGCCCACAAUGAAGCCAUCUGGUAUGUGAUAACUAGUAUGUAACUGGCAACUGGGCGGAGUCAAAGCACAUUCUUCACUUAUAGAAAUAUGGGGCAGAACAGGGUCAAUAAUGUGACACUUCAAUAUUCUUAAUGGUCUUGUUAAUCUGUCUGUUCGUGCCAGUUAUGCCAUAGUUUAAAAAAGGCAAUUAGUCAAACCUGUAACUGAACUGCUGAUAAAAAGAUAUUUACUUUCUGCUGCAAUUUGCGCUGUCAUUAUCUGAGCUACCACAUCUCCUAUAGCCGGCACAUACUUCUGACUGAUAAUAGGUUGCGAUACACAGGGAGGAAUAUACUGAGAAGACAAAAGGUACACUCAUUCAACCGGGGCACAAAUAAACCAAUGAAACUUCAGCAAUUAUGCAUUAAUAUCAAUACAAGGGUCGUUGACAGACAGUCUAAGGACCCCUAACCAGUCAUAUGCUGACCCCAUGUGAUACACCCUCAGCAAAGAUGAGAACCGCUAAACACAGUUCAAGACUUGUACCAUCUACAGCCCUUCCUGAGGCUCCCUGUUUUUUAAUUGAGAGGAGGGGGGGGAUUAAGCUAAAGAACAGUCUCUCAUUGAGCAACCCUCCUCUGAAGAUCAAAUUAACACCUAAGAAGCAGUCAGUGGGGGAUUCUCCAAGAAUUUCAGAUGCUGUCUGCAGGGCUGGAAGACAAAGGUGACUGUUAAUGAAUGUAGGAAAAUGAAUGCCAUUCCUCCCAAUCAAAAGCAUGGAGCAGUUAUGGGUUAAAAGGUCAGUUUAAAUCAGCUUUUACAGAUUUAUGCAUGCACUUCAUUCCCACUUUAUUUUAAGAUGGUGAUACACCAUACAGUACAUUACUCACUAUGUAAUUAACUGCUUUAUAAUGUUACCUUGACACUUAAGCAUUCAUCAGAUGCUUUUAUCCUCAAUGACCUAUACAGUGAUGUGAAAAAGUAAGUACACCCUCUUCCAGUUCUAUGGAUUUACAUAUUAGAACAUAACUAGCCCUCUUCUAGUCUCACUACAUCCUAACAGUGAAUGUAUCUAACCUCAUAUGACAAAGCACUCUUCUUGAUUUCAUAUCAAUUUAGAUGGUAAUUGGCACCAGGAUUAGCAGACGAGGAUUGGUUACUGUAUGUGUUAAUCCAUAGACUUGAAAGAGGUGUACUUUCUUUUUCACAUGACUAUAUGUAAGUGCAUAUACCAGAUUUGUAACAUCUAUGCAACAACACUGACUAAUUUGGAAGAGGAUGUUGAUAAUAAUAAACUGACCAAGCUGUAACCCAUUUAAGUAAAUGUUUCAAGUUACAGUUACAGAGCAGUUACAUGUGUCAUUUGUGUACAUUGAAGUGUAGCCUACUUACUGCCCUUUUAAUUUGAACACCUGCAUUUCUCUGUCUAAAUUGUGACUAUUCUACGGAAUAUUCUAUGGUAUUUCACAGCAGCUCAUAAGAACUAAAUUCAGUUCUCAUAUUUAUGUUUUUAGCAUUUGUUAAACAUUUAAUAAUUGUGUGUAUUUUUUUCUUUUUCACAUUGAUGGAAAAUCAAGAUAUAUAAUCAUUUUGUCACUGAUUAAUGUGCUUUGUGAUUCUUUACAGAAUUCCCAUGCUGGCACAAAGGCACUUUCAAAAUGUGACCUAUUCUUUCUUUUUUUUUUUUUUUGUUGACGGAAUGUCUUUAUACAGUCCUCAGCAUCCCAUUUCAGUUGCUUUGUAUGGGGAUCAGCUUAAUACAGUCAGCCAUCACAGACAUAGAUUUUUGAAGCUAUUUACUUUCUUGUGACAAAACAAACGGAUCACAUGACUUAUGUUUAUACAAAAAAAACUGUCAGUAUUUGUUUUUUGUGAGCGACUAGAGAAAAAAUAAUGCCUAAUGUCAGUGAAUAUCAAUAAAAUGUGGAAACAUUUUGUACAGCCUUUCAGAUUCAGUUAGAUACUGACUGUAACACCAGACAUUAAAGCUGCUCAAAGGCACUGUAAACGUAGUUUGAUUAUUUUUGUGUCUGUGAUAUUUAUUCUGAUCUUUGAUUCCCUUGCACAUGCUGUGAUUGCUUCUCUUGGCUUUCUCUAAAUGGCAUAUUAUAAUAAUCAUUUUCAACUGGGUUUAGACUUUUUUUUUGUUCACACUGUAAAAUGUACAAAGUAAUGUUUGUGGUUUUAAGUUUAAGUUCCCAAAAAUAAAUAAAUAAACAAAUAAAUAAAUAAAUAUUCUCCCAGCCAUUGUUGCAAGGCAAAAGCUUUUGCAACUCACAGGAAAAAAGCAAAUAUAUUAAAUAAUUCCUUAUCAAGAAAUGUAACAUUUGUUCCAUAGUUUGACAUGGCGAAACAUUGUGAAACACAUACAUGAUCCUGUCCAGUAACAUAUUAUCAUAUUGGAACUUACCCAUUCAUCCCACUAAAGUGCAUGUGACCAAGGAAAUUCUACAGUGCCAGUUUCAAAUAAAAGUUUUUAAAAAAGUAAAAUUCACAAACUUAUAAUCUUUAAUGUCCACAUUACCUUGACGUUGAUUACAAUAUAUUCUCAUGUCGCUGGUCAACUACAUUGUUACAGCCAGAAAAUGUACUCACAGUGCGGCAUUCAGUACUGAAUGUCCAGCUCAAAUAAUAUUUUGAAAUAUGACAGAUCCUUCCGUCAAUGUAAUCCCUGCAUUUUUUAUUUAUUUAAAAAAAAUCAUCAAUUGUUACCAGUAUUUAGAUUCUUCUUCCACAUGAUGAUAUGAUAUGCAAGUUUUGAAAAUGCUAAGAAAUUCAGGGAGGAGAUAUGAUGUGCGAUUAACAAACCCAUUCUAAACCAUUUAAAGACAUGGUACAAUGUUGACUAAUCAUGCUAAAAUGUAUUGUAGAAUUAAGUUUAAUUUAGCACCAAUCAUUUUUGGUGCCACACGUGCAAAAUUUAGAAAAAAAAGCCGUUCGUCACAGACACCCUGGGAUGCCAGCAAACAAAAUAUCUGCAAUGAAUGCAUGUUCUAAGACUUCUGUCUAUAGACUUACUUCAGUGUUUUUACAGCUGUCUCACUCUCCCAUUGUAGAAAACUGCCACAGAAAAUUUGCUAUCACCACCAAAAGUCUGCUACGUUCAAAAAGGUCGACGUUCAGGGGAUGAGCUGCCGUGUUCUGGAAACGUGUUCAUGUUAUUCCUGUUAUGCUAUGUUAUAUAUUGCUAAAUCACCUUUCCUGAUUUUCAAAAAUUUCCACUCCAACAUUCUAAAGGAGGCGAGUGACAUACAAAGAAAUAAGAAACAUGUUGAAGCUCAAGAAGGAGAAAUUACAGUUGUUGAAAUUGUGUUUGUAAAGGCACUGUAAUUUAUAUCAAAGAGCUGGUCAAACAUUGUUUGAUCAACAGUUUGCCAUUUUCCAUUGUUAUGUAUUCUGGAACAUCAUACGUUCCUCGGACAAUGAGCCUUGGAAUUUUAUUUUACUGCAAGAAUUUUAUAGCCUUAAAUAUUUGCUGUAUAUUUAUGCAAUGUUUUGUUAAUAAAGUUGUUGUAUUAAUA